UCAUUCCACGCUUGCCUGUAACAAAGCAUGCAUAUGAAGGGUCGACAUCCAGCUGCUAGUAAAACGCCGCCAGACAUUAAGCCUAAGUGGUUCGAAGACGCCAAAAACACACACAAGCAUCAGUCUAAGUACCUUGGAAAAAUCAUAAAUAUGAAGGAAUCACUUGCCCGAGAGGAGCAACAGCGGCAGCAGCAGACGGGAGGGUUCAUCAGCAAAUUAAAACAUGGUGGCAGCGGUGGGAUGAGCGAGUCAGGCACAGCCACUGGUGCCUCGUUUUCGUACAACCAAUUAUCAUCGACUAAUCCGGGAUUUCCAAACAGAGGAGCUAAGACAAAAACCCGCGAGAUGGCUAAAGGUCGUUCUCCACAAGAGAUGUACCCACUCGACGUCGUGCAUGGAAAAGCGAUGUUCGACAAGGGAAGCAAUCCGACGCAGCGCGACAAGCAAGCCAGAUGGUGGAGGUCAGGAAGCCUCGAGGAAAGGCACCUGAUCAAGAGAAGCUCCAAGGAUAUGCCCAAGAUUCUGCCACCGAUGGCCACCAUACCGUCAGUAGACAGACGGUCUGGAUACUGCGAGAAGCUGAAGAAUUACUCCGCGUCCUGCACAGGAUCCAAAGUCACGAGAGAAGAGCCAGAGAGGGAUAAGAUGAUUGACUUGAAGAUGCCAGUCAAGAAAUCAGCCAAGGCAUUGAGUCACGUAAAAGCGGCUAACAAAACCACGGGGAAACUUUGCAAGUCGCGACCUUCGGAUAGGCCACUGAGGAGAUCACAAUCUCUGGACUUUCGUUGUGAGCUGGCGCCUGUUCAUCCACCAGCUACUAUGGAUACCGACGUGUCAAGUGAGAUACGCCAACACGGUCGACAAAGAAGCAACACUGCUGACUACGCUUGUCAUGCCAGCACUCAUAUGCCGACCAAACAAAACUCACUAAGCGAGUUGAUGGAUAAGAUGGAUGUGUUAGAGGGUGCAGUCGGAGGUACAACUGACGCAAUGGAGUUCUCAGAUGAGAGCUGCAUGGCCGCAGGAACAAAUGAUGAGCCGAUGUCGGAUGACAUGUCCAAUUGUGUGCCCCUCCCUGACACCGAUGGAGACGAGCAGCACAUCACCAAGCAGUCUCGUGAAGAGAACAUGAGGUCUUUGUUGGAAGUUUCAAACCACAGCCUCGGCCUCCUAGAACUACCGUCUUUGGAUCAUCAGGGUCUCCAGCGUAGGCACACCUUACCCGUAAUCAACUUACGACCUCCGACACCCAGACUUGCAGACCGCGAUGAGAAGACAGUAGACAACCAGAUCGGGCGGGUUCUCCGGAAGGUCGUGUGCCAGUCAGUGCUGCGCAAGCGGGAACUCAGCAGGCUGUGUGAGGAUAUCGAGGAGUUCAAUGAGAUCAAUACAGUAUUAGCUGACCAUCUAGAAAGGUAAAUAAGGCACCAAGGGACUUGCGAAUAGAAGGUACAGAUGUUAAAACAGUUAUGUGAUACUUUGCAACAACGUUAAGUACAGGAUGCAAAAAGUGAGAAAUAUCAAGAGUUAAAUAGGCCUACUGUUAGGUAAAAAAAACGCUAUAGGCGUAAGUUCUCGUUCACAAAAUUUGAAUAUUUAAUUGCUAUCACAAAGUGAGUGCAACUUUACUGCCGUUCGAGUGGUACCUAGUUGAAAUUCCUAUAAAUGUAUUUAUUACCUCUCAUCGUAAACACGGUCGUUGUGUGUUGUCAACUGUCAUCCGUAAGAAAUGUGUUUCUAUAUAAUAAUCAUUGAUGACAUUACCCUCGUCAACGCUUGUCAAACCGUCAUUCCAGUAGGUCUGAAUGAUGCUAUAUAACCAACCCUCUGGCUUGAAAGCGUGCUUGGUGCGCAUCAAGACUCAUCAUAGUCAGGACAGUGAAUUCAAUUUGAAAAAAAAAAACACCCGAAGACAGCUUAAGGACAUUACUACUUCAAUGCAUAUGUAUCCAGUGAAGUCAAUGACCGUUUACCAAGUGAGAAUAAGCUUACUACGUACAUGAAUGUACCUUUUCACCAUAUUGAUGAAUGUUAGCUAUCAUUUUGAAUACAUGCAUUUUCAGUGCAUCCAAACAGAGGGAUUGUGGAUAUCCAAGUGUUUUAAUGUCAAAACUGUAUAAUAGGAUGUCUUUAUUUAUAGGUUAAAUUCACUAAGGCCAAAAAAAAAGUCUCCGGUUUUUGGUAU